AUGUCGGAUAUAACGAGAGGUUACCAUUUAGUUAGUCCCGUGGACAAAGAUAUAUAUAGGCCGAUGUGUUGGAAUGCCGCUGACCGUACGAUCGAUUUUGUGGCGAUGCUCCAAGAGAGUUGCACACGGGAUCGUACCGGUCGUCGUUCGUCGGUCGGGGCACUUGAACGCCGUGGACCGGAGUCGGUGUCGUCGUCGGACCGUGCGAUCAAUUUGUGGCGAUGCUCUAUGAGAGUUGCACACGGGAUCGUACCGGUCGUUCGCUGGUUGAAUAUUCUUGAGGUUUCUUCGGGUCUUCAGUCUUCGUUGUAG